AUGUUUGGCUUGGGAACGUUAUUUUAUUUUAUUCUGUUUGCAGUAAACGGAAUCGCGGUUCUGAGCGAAGACCGGUUUUUGAACAGGAUUGGAUGGAGCACGUCAUCAUCUGCUGACAACGCAUACCUCGCAUCGUCGCCAGUAGACGGAUCGAUCGACUCGAUCAAGUCACGGCUCGUGAAUCUGAUCGGUGCCACAAGAACGCUGCUACGAUUCCCUCUAAUUAUCAUUAACGUUGUGGUUAUUUUGUACGAAUUGGUGUUGGGUUGA